AUGAAUACCAACAACAAUAUCCUUGACGACAUUGACGAUCGCGAGGACGAGAACAUGGACGAGGACGAGCUUUUACGGCAGCAGCAGAACACCUGGACAAUGUGCAUCGAACACGACGGAGGAGGCGCGCGACGAGAUGUGCAUCCUCCUCCUCCUCGGUUGAUCCCUUUGUCCUCCAUAUCCAAGGAAGGCAUCGAGGCAUCCGAGAUCCGAAUGAAGAUGAUGAAAUACGAAGCCGAUACUACGAAGCCGUUUUCGCCGCCGCCGCCGCAAAGGAACAACGGUACGAUGGGUGUUGCCGUGCAGUCGGUGUCAAAAUCUGUUGGCACGCAAACAACAACCGAUGAUGUCGACGACGAGGAGAUGUUUGAUACCGAUGGUGCUGAACAACAACAUUCGAUGUCUCUUGGAUUGCGCAACGACGAAAGCGCGCUGCCGAAGAAGAAGCCGAAGGUAAUGAGGACGGCGAAGACGACGAGAAUUUUGGACGACGAUGACAGUUCGGGCGACGAUGGAGAAGAAGUUCAAACGGUGAAGAACGAGAAGGAGAAGAAAUCUUCCUCGUCGGGUACGCGGUGCGAUGAUAAAAAAGGCCACUGCGGUUUCGGCGUGCCGGGGUUUGUCGAGAAGCAGCCUCAAAUGCUGUCGUCGCGGCUUCAAAAUCCAUCGAAUAAUCCAGAACAACGAGAAGAAAAGCAACAACACCAGUGCAAAAAGAGUAGCGAUAACGCGACGACGACGAUUGAAGACCAAGAAGGAGAACUCGCAGUAGUACCGAAACACAAUCAUCGCGAAUUAAACGCUCUCGUCGACUACAAUCGCAACGGUCGCGCGACGAAUAAUGCCAAUCGAAGAGAUCAAUUCACGUCAUUCGUAUCGAAUCCGGACAAUAAAAAACUCCUUAAAUGCAUAUGCAUCAAAGCUGGAAACAACGCUCGUUUCUUUCUUUCGAAAGUUUCGAAAUCGUUCAAAAAAGUAACUCUGCGAGACUUUGGCGUCAAGAGUUCCUCGAACUUAGAACAAGGAAGAGUCAAAGCGGUAAAAAUUUCCGAAAUCGAAACGCCCGCGCAAUUCGCCUUGUGCAUCGAACACGGAUUACAACUCAACGAUCUCGUUUUCGCCGCGUUAGCCGACGGCGGCCGCCUCGAGGUUUUGAAAUACAUUCACGACCACCUCUUGCCGGACAAAAUGUACCUAAACUCUCUGGCGGUGGAAUACGCCAGUCAAAACAAUCAUUUGCAAACUUUACAGUAUCUCGUUGAAUACCACAACGCGCCUUUAUGCAAGGACGCCUGUUGGAGAGCCGCUUGGAAAGGUUCUUUCGAGUGUUUGCAAUACUUGGUCCUCGAACGCAAAUGUCCGUUCGAUCGACACGAGUGCCACGAGAUCGCCUACCAAAGCGGACAUUUUGACCUCGCGCGAUGGAUUAAAGAGCAUUAA